UCACCAAUCGCUCACACGUCUCUCGAAACAGUAUGGCGAGAUCAUGUUACUCCAACUCGGCGUUGUUCCCACAUUAGUCAUCUCGUCUGAAGAUGUCGCUAGAGAAGUAUUCAAGGUCCACGACAUUGCUUUCUCCGGCAGACCUCCCUUUAUGCAGCAAAGUUGUUAGCAUACAAUCUUUCUGAUGUAACAUUCAGCGCCUAUGGUGAUUCCUGGAGAGAGCUCAGGAAAUUAUUGAUCCUAGAACUCCUGAGCAGUAAGAGAGUCCAUUUGUUUGAAUACGUGAGGAAGGAAGAGGUUACGCUCAUGCUCGAUGCAAUCACUUCUUCUCCAGGUGCUGUCAAUAUUGGUGAACUCGCGCUUCUAUUGAAUAACAACCUUGUGUGCCGAGUGACUUUGGUAGCAAAUGCCAGGCUAUAGGAGGCGGAGUAAAGAGUGAAUUUCACGAGACAAUCCGCGAUAUACAGACGCUUUUAGGUGGCCUUUGUGUUGCAGAUCUAUUCCCACAGAUGGCUUGGUUUAACAGGCUCAAUGGCUUCAAGGCGAAGGUGGAAAAGUACUUCUGGGAGCUAGACAAGUUGUACGAUGACGUGAUCAAGGAGCACCAAGACCCUAAAAGGCCUAAACCCGAUCAUGAAGAUCUUGUUGACGUGAUGCUUCGGUUACAAAGGGAUCCAAAUCAAGCGAUUGCCCUCACUAGGGAACAAAUUAAAGGAGUAAUAACUAACCUGUUCAAUGCAGGAUCAGAAACCGCUGCGGCCACUAUACUCUGGACAAUGGCAGAACUCAUCCGCAAUCCAACUAUUAUGAGAAAAGCACAAGAAGAGGUUCGAGAAGCAGCAAAAGGAAAGUUACUGGUUGAAGAGAUUGACCUUCCAGGACUCACCUAUCUAAGAUCAGUCAUCAAAGAGUCAUUAAGACUCCAUCCACCGCUCCCUCUUCUAGUUCCAAGAGAGACAAUCGAGGAUUGCAAGAUAAGAUACAACGUUCCUAGAGGAACUACUGCAUUCAUCAAUCUGACAGCAAUCGCCAGAGACCCAAAAUCUUGGGAAAACCCAGAGGAGUUUAGGCCCGAGAGGUUCCUGAACAACUCCAUCGAUUAUAAGGACAAAACUAUGGGUUUCUGCCAUUUGGUUCUGGCAGGCGAGGAUGCCCUGGCAUAA